AUGAAUGUUCGGCCGCCCAUCGAGUCGUCAAGCCCAACGGCUGUGCUGUCAGUCUCUUUCAACAACGAUGCCAGCUGUUUCGCCGUGGGCCUUGAAUCAGGCAUCUGUGAUUUCAAUGCUGGUAUUGGCCUGGUGCGCAUGAUGGGCAUGACCAACUACUUGGCACUUGUCGGUGGCGGACGCUCUCCGAAAUUUGCCAUAAACAAGGCAAUAAUAUGGGAUGAUGCCAAAGGCAAGACAGCACUCGAAAUUGCCGCCCUCAGCUCCGUUCGAGGCGUCCAGCUUGGCCGUGAACGCAUAGCAGUCGUGCUCCAGAGCAGUGUUCGCGUCUACUCUUUCACCAAGCCUCCCAACCUGCUGCAUGUAUACGAAACGGCGGACAAUCUCGCCGGCCUGUGCUGCAUGUCCGACAAGAAGCUUGCCUUUCCCGGCCGCACUGCCGGCCAGAUCCAGCUCGUCGAGCUCGCCACCGGCAACGUCAGUAUCAUCCCAGCUCACUCCUCCGCUCUCAAGGCGAUCCAGCUCAGCCCGGACGGCGAGCUCCUCGCCAGCGCCAGCGAGACGGGCACCCUAAUUCGCGUAUAUUUGACUAGCAACUGCGCAAAGAUCGCCGAGCUGCGUCGCGGCAUUGACCCCGCCACCAUUUACUCCCUGGCCUUCUCUCCGCCCGGCGACUACCUGGCCUGUACCUCGGACAAGUCCACGCUGCAUAUUUUUGACGUCCCUCACCCGCGACGUACAGGACCACAUCGCAGCCAACAGCUCGGUGGCGGCAACGAGUCAGAUCCUGGAAAAUGGGGCAUCUUGGGCAAGAUCCCACUCAUGCCUCGCGUCUUCUCAGAUGUAUACUCCUUUGCCUCUGCACCCUUUGAAGCCGGCGACGAGGGCAUGAUUGGUGGCAUUUCCUUUUCCGAGGCCUCGACAUUGGGGACCACGAGAUUUUGCAAGGGCGUCAUCGGUUGGACAAGCAAUGACAGUCUCGUCGUCAUCGGCGCCGGACAAGAUGCUCGAUGGGAAAAAUUUUCCAUCACCGAGGGAGAAGAUGGGAAACGAUAUUGUACGAGAGAAGGUUGGAAACGAUACCUUGGAAAUACGUGA